AUGCCGCCGCGUGCCUGGCUUAGCGGGGAGAUAAUGUGCGGGAGCCGAGGCAAAGCGCCCCACGGGGGGACCUGCCUGCUUAAACCGGUUGACGCCUGCAGCGUGCAGAUAGCAUUCUUGGCUCGUGGCUUCAGCGACCACCCCCUCCGCUUCUUUUAAAAACAAACCUAAACAAUAAUAAUAAUAAGUUUGACUUGGAAGAAGUGUGCCCCGGGGGCAUGUGCAGAGUGCAAAUGCCACCUGUCUCUCUUCGCUGUGGUUCCUGCAUUGUUGGACUAGAUGACUCUAGAGAACCCUACGCUACAACUCCAUCAUUGUACAAUCUAGACUUCUUCCCCUGCGUUCCCUCAGAAACCAACGUCAUUUUCGGAAUAUGAGUUGGCUUGCCUUAGAAGAUUGGCAGGUGGGACGCUUCCGUUCCCCCCGUCACUGCUGCCUUGCAAAAGGUGAUCAGUGAUGGCUUUCUUUUCACUGCUCGGGGUGGGGGGGUUCAUCCAAGGGCCGCAUUUGCUUCUGAAUGACUUUUUGGGGGCCACAUGCCGGGGUUGAGAACCAAAAAUGUCUGGAACAACAGCUUACUUUCCAAGCCUUCAGCGGGCUCUUGCACGUCCCUCCUUUCUCUCUGUCCUCUAUCCCGACAGUCCUUGCGAGGGCAGUGGCCUGGGGAGGGUCCCCAAGACCAGAGAGAGAGUCCUGGGGGGCUGCAUCUGGGUCCUGGCCCUCAGGUUCUCGCCCCCAGCCAAUUGCUGCAGUGGCACCCAGCUGUGGAUUCCUCUUCCGCAGGGUGUUUAAGCUGCCCCUCUCUCUAUCGGGGUCCCUGCUGUCAUUUUUAAUGACUUUCUCCUCCUUCGCUAUUCAUAUUCCCUGGGAAGAAAGAUGAUUGAAGGGGCAGCAUAAAAACCACCCGUACGACUUUCCCCAGCAAACUUUUGCUGAUCGUUCCUGCUGCUUUUCAGAAAGAAAUAUUCUGCUGUCAGUUCUUUUUGUUCGGGCCCAGCUUUAAAAAUCAGUGCGGUUUUUUAAUUGCUGCUCUGCUGAUCACAAAAAGAUAAUUAGAUGGUUACUGGGUCCUGUCCCCCCCCCCCCAUUUUUUGCCUUUUUGCAGCCUCUGUCUUUUUUAGGGGGGAAGAGGCAAAGUUAUAAAUUUGCUCAGUGGUUUUUUAAGAAAAAAAUGUUUAGGGGUACUCUCAUUUUACUAAUCAUAUUGAAAUACUGCCCAUCAAAGAGGCCAAACCUAGAUGCACAAAAGUGUUUAGGGAUAUGCGCCCCCCCCCCCGAAAAAAAGCACUGGAUUUGCUUAUAGAUAAAAGAAGAACAAGAGGCCCCUCUGGGCAGGCAGUUCCAAUCAGGUGCAAGAAAAGAUCCACACAGAUCCCAUUGCAGUAAUCCAGUCUUGAAGUAACCAAGAACCCUCUUGGUGGUUUCUUCUCCUAGGCAACUUUGGAACUCCCUGCCUAGAGAAGUCAGGCUGGCUCCCUCCUUGCUGUUCUUCUGCUAGCAGGUGAAAUCGGCUUUAUUCCAACUGGUCUUUGGGAACGGGCCGUUUUUUAAGGAAAGGGCUUUUAAUAGUGCUGUGCUGUUUCUACUACAGUGGUACUUUGGGUUACGUACUUAAUUCGUUCUGGAGGUCAGUUCUUAACCUGAAACUGUUCUUAACCUGAAGCACCACUUUAGCUAAUGGGGCCUCCUGCUGCCACUGCGCCGCCGGAGCACGAUUUCUGUUCUCACCCUGAAGCAAAGUUCUUAACCUGAGGUACUAUUUCUGGGUUAGCAGAGUCUGUAACCCGAAGCGUAUGUAACCUGAACCUGAACGUGCAGAAAGCACUUUCGCAACCCGCAGCGCUGCAUCUGCACACACGUGGGUUGCAAUUCAGUGCUUCUGCGCAUGCGCAAGUGCCAAAACCCAGAAGUAACCUGUUCCAGUACUUCUGGGUUCGGCGCGGUGCACCACCCGAAAUCGCGCAACCCAAAGAGUCUGUAACCUGAGGUAUGACUGUAUUUCAAUUGAUUUGAUUUUCAUUUUGUUUUGAUUUUAUUACACACUUUAACUAUUCUCCUUUAUAGUUUUGUAUCUUACCUGUUUGGGGGAAAGGCAGGAUAUAAACAGAAACAAUAACAUUAAUAAUGGCCAGGCUUUCCCAGGUCAGUGAUGGCUGUAGCUUUUGCACCAAUUGCAGCGGGUAACCUUCAUCGGCGAUCUUUCUCUCUCUCUCUCUCGCACCCAGGACUCUCCGCCGCGGAGCCCGACAGGCCGGGGGUCUCUGAGGCUGAAGGGGAGCCCACGGUGCCCCCCACCCCUGAUGAGCCAGAGCGCGAGGCCCACUUUGUCACCACGGCACCCACCCUGAAGCUCCUCAACCAUCACCCUCUCCUGGAUGACUUUCUCCACGAGCCCCUCCUCAAGAAAGAUUACCUGCGGCAAAUUCCCUUCCUGGCUGCCGGCCUCGUGGGUCCGGGGCCUGUCCUUCCAGAUGCUGACCUCGGCCCGGCCCCCACAAGCAACCUGGCUGACCAAGAUGGCCGCCCCGCUCUCUCCCAUGCCGCCACCGGGCCGCCCACCACGCCGCCCAUGACCACGGCGUCCCCCAUGACCCUGGCGGGCGGGAAGGCCGAAGGGAAGGACAUGGAGAGGACCCCCGAGAUGGCCAAGCCGGCCUUCACCACAGACCUCCUGACCACAGCCAUGGGGCGGCUGGUGCCGUGGGCCAAAUCCGGCCCGCUCUCUGGCCGCACGCAGCCGCCGGUCACCCCUGUGCUGGGUUUCCAGACUGGUCUUGGUUCCUCGGGCCCAGCCACCACCGACGCGUUUUCCGGUGGCACCCCGGGCACGGCAGCUGCCCCCAGCGCACAACCGGAAGUGACCACGCCCAGGCGGGAGUCCAGCGAGGAGGAGGAGACGGCCACCACCACCAUCAAGACCACCACCGUCAUCACGUCCAUUCUGGGAGCAGGUGGGUUACGCAGGCGGGGUGAAACAGUGGAGGAGAGGAAUCGAAGACGGCAAGGGUCACGGACUGGUUGGUCCCAGAGGAAUGGUGGGAGUUGAUAGCUGGGAAACCCCAAGGGAAGACCCUAAAAGUGGCCCUAUUUUUCAGGGACAUCCUUGAUUUAGAGAUUAGGUCCAGUUGUGGCCGAUUCUGGGGUUGCGGCGCUCAUCUCGCUUUACUGGCCGAGGGAGCCGGCGUACAGCUUCCGGGUCAUGUGGCCAGCAUGUCUAAGCCGCUUUUGGCGAACCAGAGCAGCGCACGGAAACGCCGUUUACUUUCCCAAUGGAGCGGUACCUACUUAUCUACUUGCACUUUGAUGUGCUUUCGAACUGCUAGGUUGGCAGGAGCAGGGACCGCGCAAUGGGAGCUCACCCCGUCGUGGGGAUUCGAACCGCCGACCUUCUGAUCAGCAAGUCCUAGGCUCUGUGGUUUAACCCACAGCACUACCCGCGUCCCGGAGUCAGGCGUAGGCAGCAACUAAUCAAUAACUCACCCAAGGCCAGUGAAUUCUUUAUUCAAGGAAGCAAACCACAGCUCAGGCCUAGUGGUCUCAGCAACUCUUUCUGGGAGAUCUCGCCAAAAUGAAGUAGUUGCAAGGCCCACAAGGACUCCUCUUUUCCAGGAUCUUCCCCACAUAGUCUGCACACAAGCAUCCUCUGCUCUGGCCAUUUCAUUUCUCUGCAAGUUCUCGGAGACCAGGGAGGGAGCUGGUUGUAGCAGAAGACAGAGGAUCCCUGGAUUCUUCAGCAGCCGGCCUCCACUCUGCCUAUUGACCCAACCUCCUCUCCAGCCUCUGAUUCUGCACUGCUCUCUGCCCCAGCCUCUUCCUGCUCACCAAACCCUGUCACCUCUCCUGUUGCCGACAUCUCCUCCUCCCAGUCUUCUCCCUCUGACCACUCAUUGUCAUCCCACCACCGCUCCCCUGGCUCAUCAUCAUCAUUUAUUAUUUCUAUCCCGCCCAUCUGGCUGGGUUUUCCCAGCCACUCUGGGCGUCUUCCAUCAAAAGAUUAAAAAUACAUUAAAGCAUCAGUCAUUAAAAGCUUCCCUAAACAGGGCUGCCUUCAGAUGUCUUCUAAAAGUCAGGUAGUUGUUUAUUUCCUUGCCAUCUGAGGGGAGGGUGUUCCACAGGGCGGGCGCCACCACCGAGAAGGCCCUCUGCCUAGUUCCCUGUAACCUCACUUCUCGCUUUGAGGGAACCCCCAGAAGGCCCUUGCAGCUGAACGAUGGGGAUGGAGACGCUGCUUCAGGUAUACUGGACCAAGGCCGUUUAAGAGAUAAGUCCAGAAUCAGAGGCAGAAGUUGAAGCAGGAGGAAGGCCAAGGGGCAGGGAUGGGUCAGGCUUGUGAAGAGGCACGAGUGUCUCCCCCUCCUGCUGCGACAAACUCCUCUCCCCUUUGGUCUCCCAGAACCAGAAGAGGCAUGAAAAGGGGCGGAGGAGGGUUUGGCUUCAUGCAGACCCCGUCUCCGAUUUGAAGAAGAGUCGCUGUGCUCAUUAGGCCUGGCACUCCUGAGCAGAUCCUGUUUCUUCUAAUAAAGAGUUAACUUCACUUGCUCCGUGUGAUUUAUUGCUGGCUCGCUCCUAACAAUCAGGGUCACAACAGCCCUGUGAAGUAGGUUGGGGCAGAAGAAAAUGAGGGAGGAAGGGAGGGGCCAGCCACUGAGCUUCAUAACCAAGCAGAGAUUCGAACUCUGGUCUCCCAGGUCCAGAUGUUGUCAGACACCCUCCCCAACUCCCAGGAAGCAGCGUGGCCAAUCGGGAGAGGGGAUGGAGCUGCAAAUGUUCCCCCAUCCUUGACCUGAAAUAUCCCCAGCAAAUGCUUUGGCUCAGUCGGAGAGGCCAGGUUGCUCAGAUCUACGGAGCUGCCAGGCGUUAGAUCUGAGCUGUCGGGAGCUGAGCUCCCUAAAUUUUAAAAGUUGCUUGGCUUUGACCCAGCCAUCCCAGGUCUCCGGAAGAAUGCCGUUUUAAUUGUCAGGGAAACCGUUUAGGGAACAACAAUGGAAUUAAUUAUGGAUUGGAGUGUAGGAAAUAGCCGGAAGGCAGGGCUUGGGUUUUUCUGUUUUCUUUCUGUAAUGAAAGGAGCAGCGAGAGAUUGACGUUCAAAGGGGCCUGCCCUGCUUGGAGCUGGGCCAGGAAGGUCCCGGGGCCUGAAGGGGAAAUGCAAAUGGGAUUCUGCACACACGCCCCAAAACACACACACAACUUAUUACAGAAAAGUUAUCCUGCACAACUCUGGUUGAAAUGAGAUUGGAAAAUCGGGAUCACAGGGCGCAGCUCAGUGGUUAGAGCAGAAGAUCUCCGUCCCCCUGUCUGACCCCCUGGGGAACCUCUGCUGCCAGUCAGUUCAGACAACUGAGCCAGAUGGAACAAUGGUCUGAUCUACCGGUAGUUUAUGGCUUCCUGUUCUCCUCAUGUGCAGCCCUUAGUAAUUCAGAAGCCUGAGGACUGGAAUCUUGUUUUCACCUUUAGAUGGAGGAGCUGGAACUGAUUGAUAGAGCGGCCGCUUCACAUGCAGAAGGUCCCAGCUUCAGUCUCCACUGAAAUCUCCACGCAGGGCUGGGGUAAGACCCCUCUGCCUUGAAACGCUGGAGAUAGCUGCUGCCAGUCAGUGUGGACAAUACUGAUCUCAGUGGGCCAGUGGUCUGACUUAAGGCAGAUUAUGCAACCCCCUAGAAGCAUAUCCAGUUAAAAUGAUCAGGUGAUGGGAAAGAGACCCUCCUCUCUCCCUGAGACCCUGGAGAGCUGCUGCCAGUCGGUGUGGGCAAUGCUGAGCUUGAUAACUCAGCGGACAGACUCAGUAUAAAGCAGGUGCCUGUUUAUUUGGAGGAGGAGGGCACCAUUUUGCCCCCAUCUCAGAUGAUCAAGAGGAUGGAGCAACUGCCGUAUGGAAAAAAGCUUGCGACAUGGGCCAACGAUAAAACCAAAUGCUGGAAGAUUGAGUCCUUUAUGUAGCAAAGAGUUAGACUGUGGAACUCCCUGCCACAGGAGGCAGUGUUGGUCGCCAACCUAGAUAGCUUCAAAAGAGGAUGAGAUGAGUUUCUGGAGGAGGAGAGGUCUGUGAAGGGCUACUAGCCAUGAUGCUUCUGAAUACCCAUUGCUAGAAACCACAGGAGGGGAGAGUUUCUCUCACACUCAGGUCCUGCCUGAGGGCAACUGGUUGGCACUGGCCGGAUCCAGCAGGCUCUUCCGAAGGUCUUCUGCCCCCAUCUAGGGCAGGAGAAGGCUUUUGAGGCUGGCUGUGAUGGGGAGACGAGAGCUUAGAAGCGCUCUCUCCUUUGUCUAAUAUUUUGCCCUCUUUGUGCAUAGGUCCUUGCAGCUGGAACCUCACUGGCCCCAAAGGCUCGCUGGCCUCUCCCCUCCCCUCUGGCAUCCCGUACGAAGGGGGGACCCUCGACUGCACCUACACCAUCUCUGUGUACCCUGGUUAUGGCGUCGAGAUCCGGGUGAGUCAUUGAACCCAGCCUGGUAGGUGUCAUGGCCUGGCGGGAUGCAGCCAGGGAACCCCCAAGAGGAGAAGGCUCAGGGCCAGGGGAGGGGUGGUGGGAGGAAGAUGAGUGGUCAGAGGGAGAAGAGGGAGCGGACUGGGAAGAAGAGGUGUCGGAAGCUGAAGAGGCAACAGGGUUUGGUGAGCAGGAAGAACGGGGGAGAAAGCAGUGCAGAAUCAGAGGCAGAAGCGGAGGCUGGAGGGGAGGGAAGCCAAGAGGCAGAGGGGAGGCUGGGUGCUGGAGAAACUAGGGGGUCUCCCCCUCCUACAGUGACAAGCUCCCCUUUUCGCUGGUCUCCCAGGACCAGUAGAGGUGUGAAGAGGGAGGAACAGAGAGUGGCAUGUAGGCAUAGUCUCAGACUAUGGGAAGGACCCGGGGGAACAAAAGACUUCGGGAACUGUGGGAAGACGGGGACCUUCAGCCCCCCAAACUGCCUCCUCCGGGCGAGAUUUGCUGGGAUGAGUUGUUACUCCUAUUUCUUUGAAUGAAGAGUUAACUUCAGUGAUGCCGUGUGAAUUACACCCGUUCCUGGCUGAAACUUCGGUCUGCAAAGACCCCUUUAGGAGAAACUGGUCCUCAAGACCCAGGACAAAAUUCUGGAUGGAUUUGGAGGGUGUGUUUGAAUGCUUUUAGAUUCUCCAGCAAGGAUGGGGGACAUUUUGUAGCCUGAGGGCUGCGUUCCUUGAGCCCCAGAUUUUUGUCCUUUAUCAUCCGUAAGAGAGCCUCGGCCCCUUUUCUGGGGUGGGGGCAGGUAAGACGAAGGAGGCAGGCAGACAGAGGAGUCCCUCUUCUCGCCUGCAGGGUUAAGCGAGGGGAGGGACGCCGACACGGGACCCCGGCUGCAUUCUAAUGCCACGUUACAAAUACAGACAUCUUGUCUCAGGGAUGCAGCCAGCCGUGCCAGCCCUAAAAGGCAACAGCAGCAAAUGUCAAAUCGAUAGACGUGGCAUUUGGCCGACAUUUCGACAAUACCUGCUUUCUCCCUCUGCGCCGCGUCCCCCGGGGCUUCAUUAGGCCCAGGCGGAAGGAGGCUUGGCGGGCGGACGUGCCGGCGGAGGGCCCUGCGGCCGUGAUACCGCCUCCGGCCCGGACUGGGGGGCUCUCCCCAGUGUAGUAUUAGCUGGUGGGGAGGGCAGGGGGGGUGUCGCAAGCAUCUUCAGCGAGGUGUAAAAAAGACUCCUGAAAUUCCCGGGGGGGGGGGGGGGGGAUUUCUGUGAAAUUGGGACUCUGUGAGAUUUCCUCUUUUUUUCUCUUUUUCUUCCCUGGCAGCUAAAUUAACAACUCCCUGAAAUGCUGCCCUUACACCUCCUUGAGCCAUUCUGGGGAACGGAACAUCCCCAAUGUAGGCAUUAUAUUAUUGCAGUGUAGGCAGCGAAAUCCGCACCCAGGACCUGGGCCUGGCGAGAGAGGGACCCAUGUGGUGGGUUGGGGUUUUUUAAGAGCAAAAGCAGUGAUAUCCAGGGACAGGCGAAUUGGUCAAUUUCAGUUUCUUGGGUUCUCUGCCCCCCCCCCAUAGAUAGAUAGAUAGAUAGAUAGAUAGAUAGAUAGAUAGAUAGAGAUAGAUAGAUAGAGAUAGAUAGAUAGAUAGAUAGAUAGAUAUAGAUCAAUAUAUUCAGUUCUCCACAUCUUCCCAUCAGUUUGCAAACUUUUUUAAAAAAAAGUAAACUUUUCUUUUUGAAAUUAAUCGUCAUUUGGUGUUAAUUUCUCCUGGGAGACCAGGACUCAGACCCUCCCACUCAGAAAUGAAGCUUCCUGGGUGCGACCUUUGGGCCCAUUGCUGCCUCUCAGCCUAACCUACCUCACAGGGUUGUUGUGCAGAUUCAUUGAGGAGAGCGAAAAAGAAGAAGAAGAAGAAGAAGAAGAAGAAGAAGAAGAAGAAGAAGAAGAAGUUAUCCAGCGCUCUAAUCACCUCACUUCUUCCCCUUAAAAAAAAAAAAUCACUCCUCCAAAUUCCCCUUUUCCUCAAUCUGCCUCACAGAUCCUGCGUUUGGCUGGGGUGGUCUAGAGGACCUCUAGGUUCCUUCUGAUUCUACAUUUCUUUCCUUUGUGUGUGGUGAGCAGCGACCGCCUGCUCCACAUCCAAGCUGUGCUUGCCAGGGCUUUUCUCCUCGUGUUCCUGUCUCUCUCCUCCCAUAAAUCACUCGGCAUCCUGCUAAACCUCACGGAGAGGGAGAUUCCCGUCCCACCAGCACUCACAAUCUGGUUCCCCCUUCUCCGUCUCGGUGCACUUGCUCUUCUGCCGAUCCAUCUUGGGCACCUUUGGUGUAAUUAGUGCAAGGAGGCUCCUGACUUUGGCCGUUUAUCACCGAGCAGCUCCGUUUAAUUACCGUAAUUAAUAUACAAUCACCACUUUAAUGAGAGACGGCAACAGUGACUCGUUUAUCAAGAUAAGUUAUGCAGCCGUCGCCACCGGAGGACGUGGCAGCAACCGGGAACAAUAUGCUUUGCAUGCAAAAGGCCCCGGGUUCAACUCUGGCAGCAUCUCCAGGCGGGGCUCGGAAAUAUUCCCCGUCUGAAAUCCUGGGGAGCUGCUGCCAGUCAGUGUAGGGAAUAUCGAGUUAGAUGGACCAUGGGUCUCAGUCAGUAGAAGGCAGCUUCCUAUAUUCCUGUUUAAAACAUUUCUUUUUUAAAAAAAAAAUCAUGAGGACUAGGCUCUUUCUUUUCACGAGAAGGGCUGCAGCUCAGUGUUUUGCAUGCAGAAGGUCCCAGGUUCAAUCUCUCAUGGCAUAUCCAGGUUGGGUGGGAAGGAUUCAGGACACAAAAAUAGAAAGGACUUAUUCGGGCAGCCUGUAGUUAAACUGUGGAACUCAUGUCCACAAGAAGGGGCACAACAGAAACUCUCCCCACUUGCGAUUCCCAGCAACUGCCAUUCAGAGGCAUUUACUGCUCAGUGGAGAUUCAAGUUCCCAGUUCUGGCUCUGUUCACCUGUUUUUUGUACAGUGGAACCUCGGUUUCCGAACGUAAUCUGUUCCGGAAGUCCGUUCGACUUCCAAAACAUUUGAAAACCGAGGAUCAGAGGGCUGUCAACAAGUUCAAUGGGGAAAAUUGAGAAAUGUGCCGUUUGAUUUCCGAGGCAUGUUUGAAAAUGGAAGCAUUCACUUCCGGUUUUUCAGCAUUCGGCUUCCAAAAUGUUCUGCAGCUGAGAGACAUGCGAAAGCCAAGGUUUGACUGUACCACUGGUGGGACUCCUGUAGACCAGAACCCACCCUGUUCUGGCAGAAAGAACCGAUGGACUCUCCUUCCUUGGAGGUUUCCAAGCAGAGGUUGUCUGGUUUCCCUCGCUGCAAUUCCUGGGGGUUGGACUAGACGACCCUGUUAGAAUUCCUGCUCCGUGAUUGCAGUCAUGGGAUUGUUGUCUUUCACAUGACUGUAUAUGUUUUGACUCCACAGAGUGGGAAGUGACGGAGACAGGAUGUUUGUGUUACUGUGUUCCGUGAAGUGGGACUAUUGUCCUUUGCUCUUUGCUGUCUGAUACUAGAGAGAGAGGGAGCCAUGUUGCAGUGCUCCGUGUGUGUUUAUAUGUAAAUAAAGUAGAUUAGCCAAAAUGCUGAGUUGCUGAGGUCUGUUAUGCAAGUUGCGCAAACUCUGCGGAUCCCUAAGUGUGCCGGUGUCGGUUGGCAUCGGUCGCUGUGAUGUUCGGGCAGUGGGAAGCUUUUGCAGCUCCCAAACGAUCGACCGGGAGGGAGAGAACAUGCCAGUCGGGCAUCUGUCUCUACCAGAGUCCUACUCGAGUGUAAGCCGAGCUCCUGACAGACUCAGGGGACCCCUUUCAUGGGACCCCGUCCAUAAAUAGCAACACCCUAGUGGUCUCGGGCCCUAAGGAAGUCAGAUUAGCCUCAACCAGAGCCAGAGCCUUUUCAGUACUGGCCCCAACUUGGUGGAAUGUUCUGUCUCAUGAGACCAGGGCCCUGCGGAAACUGAUUUCUUUCUGCCGGGCCUGUAAGACAGAGUUGUUCCGCCUGGCCUUUGGCUUGGAAUCAAUUUGAUUCCCUCCCCCUCUUUCUUUUUUCCUUUCUCCUCCUAUGAAGAGGCUGCAUCUUAAUGUUUUAAUGUUGUAUUUUAAUCUUGUUUUUAAGUUGUAUUUUAAUCAACUUGUUUUUAUUAUUGGUUGUUAACUGCCCUGAGCCCGGUCUUGGCUGGGGAGGGCGGGGUAUAAAUUAUUAUUAUUAUUAUUAUUAUUAUUAUUAUUAUUAGCCUGUGGUAGACCAUCCCCAUCUCAUCUCCCAGUGAACGCAGCUGGGUUGCAUCCUCAGAGUCCCUCUUCCUUCCUUCCCUCUCUGCAGGUCCAGAACAUCAGCCUUGCGGAGGGAGAGACAGUCACCGUGGAGACGCUGGGGGGUGUAGAGCCCGUCGCCCUGGCCAACGAGUCCUUCCUGAUGCGCGGGCAGGUGAUCCGCGGCCCGACCAAUCAGAUCGUGGUGCGCUUCCAGAGCCCAUCUCCCGCCAACCCAGGGACCUUUCAUUUCCGGUUCGAAGGUGAGAGCGCAGGUCCUUCACCUACCACUAGGGGGGGACAUGCAGCUGCUUUAUUCUAAACCAGUGGUUCCCAGACUUUUUUUUUGUUCAUAGGUGCAUUGCCGUGCCCACUUUCCCCUCUGGCCACGCCCCCCCUGGCAUGUGCCCCUGCCUUCUCCAGAAGGUUUCCCCAGAAAUGAAGGAGGGGGAAAUUUUCCCCGGCCUUGUGUGUGGUUCAAGUGUUGGACGAGACCUGGGAGGGCAGGGUUCAAGUCCUGACUUCGGCCAUGAAGCUUGACGUCAGGCCAGUGACUAACCUGCUCCUUGGUCCUGAAUGGGGUCACUGUGCCCCUGAAGGACCAGGUGCGCAGCCUGGGAGUCAUUCUGGACUCACAGCUGUCCAUGGAGGCGCAGGUCAAUUCUGUGUCCAGGGCGGCUGUCUGCCAGCUCCAUCUGGUACGCAGGCUGAGACCCUGCAUUUGAAGGUGACCCGGAAACUACAACUAAUCCAGAAUGUGGCAGCUAGACUGGUGACUGGGAGCGGCCGCCAAGACCACAUAACACCGGUCUUGAAAGACCUACACUGGCUCCCAGUACAUUUCCAAGCACAAUUCAAAGUGUUGGUGCUGACCUUUAAAGCCCUAAAUGGCCUUGGCCCAGUAGACCUGAAGGAGCAUCUCCACCCCCAUCAUCCAGCCCGGACACUGGGGUCCAGCACUGAGGGCCUUCUGGCAGUUCCCUCACUGUGAGAUGUGAGGUUACAGGAACCAGGCAGAAGGCCUUCUUGGUGGUGGCGCCCUCCCUGUGGAACGCCCUCCCACCAGAUGUCAAAGAGAAAAAUAACUACCAAACUUUUAGAAGCCAUCUGAAGGCAGCCCUGUUUAGGAAAGCUUUUAAUGUUUAAUAGGUUAUUAUAUUUUAGUGUUUUAUUGGAAGCCGCCCAGAGUGGUUGGGGAAACCCAACCAGAUGGGCGGGGUAUAAAUUUAUUAUUAUUAUUAUUAUUAUUAUUAUUAUUAUUACCCCCCCCCCAAGCAGCAAAUGCUGGGAACGAGAAGCAGGAAAGGGUGUUGUUUUUAUGUACGGCCCCAAAACAUACCUGUCAGGAUUCUUGGAGUGAUCUUUCUCGCUGCGCCCACCCCUUGUUGGCAGAUGCAUGCGAAGAAAUUCACGGAGCCUUCUGUUCCCACCCGAUGCCCGCCUGCCUGUGGAUCUGCAGGCCCUCCACCAGCCCGCCCACGCCACCAGCCCGGGUGCCGUGGCAGCGCCAGGAUUCCCUUUCCACCCCCCUCGCAGCUGCAGCGCAAUUAGCUAAUUGGGAGCACGCUAAUCGCUGUCGGAGCUAAUCGCCGAUGCUGGCAGGUUAGAGCGGGCACCCACCAAAGACUCGCUUAAUGGGGAGAUAAUUGGUCCCAGCAAUUAACGUAAUUUGUGUGGAGCAUGAGGGAAGGGGGGGCUGGCAUUGAGAGAAAGAGAUAUAUAUAUAUACACACCUGUCUCCCAGCCCCACAGGGCGCCCCACCAAUGUUGACACACCCUGUCACAACAGUUGAAGCCCCCAACACACACACACAACCGCCUUUCUCACAACUGACACCAGAGGCGGAUUUUGGGGAGCGCAACCGGUACAGCCGCACUCGGUGCAGAGCCUCAGGGUGAUGUCACUGUGAUGUCAGACGGAAGGCGAUUGGUGGCUGGGAGCCGAAUUUUGAUGAACCGCAAAAUUUGAAAUUAGAGACUCCACGGUCUUCCCCUGCUGGCAUUGAUCCCUGCCUGUGCCCUUUCUUCCGGCACAUGUGGCCGGUGGAAUCUGUUAGGAGUAUUUGCACCUUCUAAUAACCUUGGUCCAGCUCUCUUUAUGGUCCAGCUCUUCCAUACAUCACUAGCUGGACCAUUAAGAAGGCUGAUCACCAAAGAAUGGGUGCUUUUGAAUUCUGGUGCUGGAGGAGACUCUUGAGAGUCCCGUGGACUGCAAGAAGAUCAAACCUCUCCAUUCUGAAGGAAAUCAGCCCUGAGUGCUCACUGGAAGGACAGAUCCUGAAGCUGAGGCUCCAAGACUUUGGCCACCUCAUGAGAAGAGAAGACUCCCUGGAAAAGACCCUGAUGUUGGGAAAGAUGGAGGGCACAAGGAGAAGAGGAUGACAGAGGACGAGAUGGUGGGACAGUGUUCUCAAAGCUAGCAGCAUGAGGGAGGCAGUGGAAGACAGGAGUGCCUGGCAUGCUCUGAUCCACGAAGAGUCAGACACAACUAAACAACAACAACAACAAAUAACCUUGGGCCUGUCCCCUUCUCUCUGCCAAUGCUACCUCGCAAGGUUGUUGUGAAGAUUAAAAAAUAAAUAAAAUGAGAACAGCAUGCUCCUUGCAUGAAAGAUGGGAUAUCGGUGCAAUAAAUAAGUGAAAUAAAUAACAACUAACAAGCAACAUAGAACCCAUUCGUCAUAUUCAGAGACAAAAUCGAUCCCAGAUAGGGCUGUGUUCAUGUGUUUAUUUCCUUAGUGCUGUUACACAUAGCUUUGCAUUUAAAUCUCUAUUAAAUCACUUUGAAUUUAGAAAUAAAUAUUUAAAGCCUUAAAAAAAAGACGUAUAAAUAUAAUAUGAUGUUCCUUUAACAACCCCCUCCCCCUCCCAAUACACAUAGAUUUAUAUUUAAAUCUGGAGCAGCAAAUCACUUGAAGUAGUUAAAUAUUUAAAGCCUUUACCCCAAAAAAAUCUGUAAAAAAUAUACUGGUAAUAGAAUUCUGCUGCUUUAAUCCUGCGCGCCGAUCUGCAGCAAAUCGCUUUUAAGUAGAUAAAGAAAUAAACAUCUAAAAAUGCUUUUUUAAAUAGCUGUAUGAAUGGAAUGGGUCGCAUGCAAUGCCACCCUUACUCAGAGUAGACCCACUGAAGUGAAUUUGGUAGUUUGGCUCGGUGAAUCUCAAUGGGCCUGUUCUGAGGAGGAAUUAGUUGAGAGACCACCCAGUAUUUAUAUAUAUAUAUAUAUAUAUAUAUAUUGUUUAUUCUCUGGACAUAAAAAAAGGUGUCAGACUAAUUCCAGAUUAAGCUUUUGCUUUAUUCAACUAGCAGAGAAAAACGGUGUCUUUUUACAAUUGAUCUCUUUUCCCCUGACUUCUACCUCUUAAUUUCACUUUAAGGAUUUCCCCCGCACACACAACAUAAUUUCAUAUUAUGUUUUGAGUCGGUCUACUAUUUUGAGAGUUAUUGUCAUGAAUGUAUUGAUUUUGCAUUUGUUCAUCCCAAUCAUAGAAUCAUAGAGUUGGGGGACCCCCAAAGAUCAUCCAUACCAACCCCCUGCAAUGCAGCAAUCGCAACUAAAGGAUACCUGGCAGGUAGCUGUCCUACCUCUGCUUAAAAACCUCCAAGGAAGGAGAGCCCGCCACCUCCCGAGGUGGUGUGUGUGAGAGCCAUUUUAGGCACACAGUAUUUACACAAAUAGUGUGGCAUAGUGGUUAGAACUGGGAACCUGGAGGAGGCCAGGGUUCGAAUCCCCACUCAGCCAGGGGGGCCAGCUGCUGAAGUCUCAGCUGAACCUUAUUAUUAAUAAUAACAACAACAACAACAAAAACAAGUUGAGUUAAUAAAUAAACGACACCACACAUUGAACUCAGCAAGGAACAACAAUUUGAUGCGCUACAAACAUGCAACACCAGAUGGCGCCAGAGAGCAGGAAAUAUUUAAACGCCAUUUUGCAUAGGGUCCCCCCCCCCCCGUUUGUUAUAAUCUAAUUUCUAAUCUAAGACGCCUGCUUCUUGAGAGAAAAGCAAUGACAAACCUAGACAGCAUCUUAAAAAGCAGAGACAUCCAGUGGCGUAGCGUGGGUUGUCAGCACCCGGGGCAAGGCAAGUAAUUUGCGCCCCCUAACCCGUGGAUUUGCGCCCCCUAACCCUAACCCCCGGGUGUUGCGCCCGGUGCGGCUGGCCCCCCCUGCACCCCCCACGCUACGCCACUGGAGACAUCACCUUGCCAACAAAGAUCCGUAUAGUAAAAGCUAUGGUUUUCCCAGUAGUGAUGUAUGGAAGUGAAAGCUGGACCGUAAAGAAGGCUGAUCGCCGAAGAAUUGAUGCUUUUGAAUUAUGGUGCUGGAGGAGACUCUUGAGAGUCCCAUGGACUGCAAGAAGAUCAAACCUCUCCAUUCUUAAGGAAAUCAGCCCUGAGUGCUCACUGGAAGGACAGAUCCUGAAGCUGAGGCUCCAAGACUUUGGCCACCUCAUGAGAAGAGAAGACUCCCUGGAAAAGACCCUGAUGUUGGGAAAGAUGGAGGGCACAAGGAGAAGGGGAUGACAGAGGACAAGAUGGCUGGACAGUGUUCUCGAAGCUACCAGCAUGAGUUUGACCAAACUGCGGGAGGCAGUGGAAGACAGGAGUGCCUGGCGUGCUCUGGUCCAGGGAGUCACAAAGAGUCGGACACGACUAAACGACUAAACAACAACAACAAAUUUCUGACUGGUUUAUAGCGUGUUUUUCCCCCUGCGUGUAGACCCACCCCUUGUCAAAUCUGAUUCUCUCUCAGUGGGAAAAUUGUAGGAAAUUCACCCUAAUCUGCUCUCUGCUCUCUGCCAUUCAUUUAAAUCACAGCCCAAGAAUCCUGGGAACUGUAGUUUGACUUCUCACAAUGCUCAACGUUUCCUAGUUCCCUUAGCAAACUAUGCUUCCCAGGAUCCUUGGGGAAUGUGUGCGUGUGUUAAAUGGGUUUUUAAUGUACACAGCCCAACUCUCCCCGUCUCUUUUUCCUUUCCCAGCCUACCUGCUCAGCUGUGCGUUCCCCACGCGCCCGCCCUACGGGGAGGUCUCCGUCACCAGCGUGCACCCGGGCGGCCACGCCUGCUUCUCCUGCUCCACCGGAUACCAGCUGCAGGGCCAGCACUGCCUCACCUGCCUCAACGCCACCCACCCCUUCUGGAGCGCCCGGGAGCCCACCUGCGUCGGUGAGCAAAGCCAGAGGGGACAGGAAGGGGGGGAGCAGUUUGUGGGUUUGGGAACUGGCCGGGCAUUUCAGCUCAGCAAGCUUCUCUGGUCGACCUCUCCCUACUGUUGGGCAAAUGGAGGCAGCUGCCACAAGAAACUCAGAACCCUCUAGCUCAGGGCUGCCUCCGCUGGUUAAUUUUAAUAUUGCAAUUCUUUUACAUAUACAGUGGUACCUUGGGUUAAGUACUUAAUUUGUUCUGGAGGUUCGUACUUAACCUGAAACUGUUCUUAACCUGAAGCACCACUUUAGCUAAUGGGGCAUCCUGCUGCCGCCGGAGCCCGAUUUCUGUUCUCAUCCUGAAGCAAAGUUCUUAACCUGAGGUAAUAUUUCUGGGUUAGCGGAGUCUGUAACCUGAAGCAUAUAUACAUUUUUAUUAGUUUUAAACAUGUUAAUUAUCAUUCAUACAACAAAACUUCUCAUCUUAUACAAUAAUUUUUGGACUUCUGUCAACACCUCUGAUGAUUUUCCGUCCUUAUCACUUAUUAUGCAUUUCUUAAUUUCCUAUUACCUUUAGUUAUCUUUAACUAAUAAUACUCCCCAUUAUCUGUUUUGCAACAUUUCAAAUAAUCCACCUUACAAAACGUCUUGCAAACCUACUAGCAUAAUCUGUUCCUCACAAUUACUUUUCAAAUAGUCUGUAAAUUUACUCCAGUCUUCUGAGAAUCUCUGGUCCUGGAGGUUUCGAAUCCUUCCUGUUAGUUUAUCUAAUUCUGCGUAGUCCAUCAUUUUCAUCCUCCAUUCUUCUUUCGUCAGUAAUUCUUCUUGCUUCCAGUUUUGUGCCAAUAAUAUUCUUGCUGCCGUCACUGCGUACAAAAAUAACUUACAGUCCUUUUUGUUUAUAUCAUCACCUACAAUGCCAAGUAAAAAUGCUUCUGCUUUCUUAAUAAAUGUAUAUUUCAACAUUUUUUUCAUCUCAUUAUAUAUCAUUUCCCAGAGGUUUUUCACUUUUUUUACAUUCCCACCACAUGUGACAAAAUGUUCCUUCUUUUUCUUUACAUUCCCACAGUGGCGUAGCGUGGGUUGUCAGCACCCGGGGCAAGGCAAGUAAUUUGCGCCCCCUAACCCGUGGAUUUGCGCCCCCUAACCCUAACCCCCAGAUGUUGCGCCCGGUGCGGCCGGCCCCCCCUGCACCCCCCACGCUACGCCACUGCAUUCCCAACAUUUAUUACUAACUUUAUACGUUUUAGCUAAUUUCACAGGCGUAAUGUACCAUCUAUACAUCUUUUUCAUCACAUUUUCUUUUAAGGUUAAUAUUGCAUUUUUUACAUACCUGGGGCCUGCCCUGCAACCCUGCAGUGUAGGACGGGUAAGGAGUGUUGAUGGCGGUGAAGAAAUAAAUUGAUAUUGUUGGAGAGGGCGGGGGGGAGCCCUUCCUGUAGCCCCACUGACGCGUCCCUUCUCUCCGCAGCGUCUUGCGGCGGGGUGAUCCGGAACGCCACAACCGGACGCAUCGUCUCGCCGGGCUACCCUGCCAACUACAGCAACAACCUGACCUGCCAUUGGCUGCUGGAGGCUCCGCAGGGACAGCGGCUGCACCUCCAUUUUGAGAAGGUCUCCUUGGCCGAGGACGACGACAGGUUGGCAAGAGAGAGACCUCGAGUUUUGGGGGAGACGGGGUCAUGGGGCAGUUGUUCUGAGGAUGUCCGGGCUGAUCUCACACUGAAUCCCCGUUCCUGCCCCUGGGUGGGGUUAUAGAAUCAUAAAUUGUAUGGUAGGAAGAGGCCCCCAAGGUCCCCAACGUGGGUCACACGCCCCCCCGCAGUGGGGCAAUUUGAUUUUUAAGGGGGGCAAUUCGAGAAUGAGUUAUUAACAGUGAAUGGCCUUUUAGGCUUCCUCCACGUUAUUUUUGAAUAAUAAGAAUUAUAUGUCAGUGGGGGCAUCGUUCUACCCAGACACUGAGGUCCAGCGCCAAGGGCCUUCUGGGGGUUCCCUCAAUGCGAGAAGUGAGGUUACAGGGAACCAGGCAGAGGGCCUUCUCGGUGGUGGCGCCCGCCCUGUGGAACGCCCUCCCGUCAGAUGUCAAAGAGAACAACAACUACCAGACUUUGAGAAGACAUCUGAAGGCAGCCCUCUUUAGGGAAGCUUUUAAUGUUUGAUGCAUUACUGUAUUUUAAUGUUUUGUUGAAAGCCGCCCAGAGUGGCUGGGGAAGCCCAGCCAGAUGGGCGGGGUAUAAAUAAUAAAUUAUUAUUAUAUUAUUAUUAUUUUAGAGAUACUUAGGUGGGGCAUGGCCCCAAAAAAAGGUUGGGAACCACUGAUCUAGCCCAACCCCCUGCGAAUUCAGGAACCACACCUAAAGAAUCGCUGGCAGGGGGCCAUCUGAUCUCUGUUUAAAAACCUCAGGUGAAAAAUAGAAUUGCAGAGUGGGCAGGGAGGCCACAAAGAAGUGGAUUUAGGGCAGCGUUGCGGCCGCAGUUGAGCAGAACGGAAGGCAGGGGACACACACUGAAUUUUGCCCUGACACAGGGCGCUGCUGAAUUAUGAAAGUCCAAAGUCCUCUCCUGCCCCAAGGGUCAUCCAAUUAAACUUUGCAAUUCUGACCUUUCUCUUUUUUUAAGCGUGCUGGGAUUAAGCCACUUCCUCUCCCUCCUCCCAGGCUAAUAAUCCGGAACGGGAACGACAUUGAGGCUCCGCCCGUGUACGACUCGUACGAAGUGGAAUACCUGCCCAUCGAGGGUCUGGUCAGCACCGCAAGGGGCUUCUUCAUCGAGCUGACCACCGACAGCAGCGGGGUGGCUGCUGGGAUGGCCCUGCGCUACGAGGGUGAGUUGGCAAAGGGCACACGGGGCAAGGCACUGGGCUUGUUCCUUUAGGACAGCUACUCCCAAACUUUUAGGGGGCCGCUGGGUUCCAUAAACUCCCCCCCAGUGCCCCCACCCUAUUAAAAAAUGCAUUAUUCAGAAUAGUGGUUUGCAUGACCCACUAAGGAAGAUAAUAGAGGAGUAAAUUCAAAACAGUAGCAAUUAAUUGCACCAUUAUUUCAAAUCCAAUUAAAGCUAUUUAGUUUAAUUCAUUCAACAAAGCGGAUAACUGGAGCCUGUGAUAUCAGGCGGUGGUCCUUUGUACCUCCAGCGCCCCCCUGCUGCCCCCUUGUAAGUGGCCCUGUAAGGGAAUCGCACUGCCCUCCAGGGGGCGCUACCACCCAAUUUGGGAACCAGCGCUUUCGGCUGCCAUACUUUUUGGGGGUGAGUGCCAUGGGCACUGACAUUUCCAGCCGGUCCCCUUUCCCCACCCACCCACCCACAAGAGGCAGAAAGAAAGAGGGGACACCCAACCCCUUCGCUUUCCCAAAGGAUUUGGGUAAAAGUCAGCCGUGAUAGAAUUAAUCUUAGCCUAGAAAUGGGCGUAGGGCUGAAAGGGGAAGUGUCCGGAAAAGCUGCUCUUUCCCACUUCCUCCUUCAGCUCUAUAUGCUUUUCUUUCUUUUCUUAAUAAAAAAUUUUAUUAGUUUUUCAACAUAUCAUUUUCAACACUAUUUAAACAUACAUUUACAUCUUAUACAAUUUUUUGGACUUCCAUCAACCACAUCUGAAAAUUUUCAACUCUAUUUACUUAAUUCACAUUUCUUAUUUUCACUAUUACAUUUAAAUCUCAGAACUAAUAUCUCCUUUCUUUCUCUUCUUCGCAAUAUUUCAUAUAUUUCUCCCUACAAAACGUCUUGUAGUCCUACUACAUAGCAUAAUUUGUUGAUUACAGUUGCUCUUCAAAUAAUUUGUAUAUUUCUUCCAGUCUUCUGUAAAUCUCUGGUCCUGCAGGUUUCGAAUCCUUCCUGUCAUUUUAUCCAAUUCUGCAUAGUCCAUUAAUUUUGUCUGCCAUUCUUCUUUUGUUGGUAUUUCUUCUUGCUUCCAUUUCUGAGCCAACAAUACUCUUGACGGCUCUGUAUGCUUUUCAGGGGAGGGGAAAGGAAACCCCUCUCAGCGCCUCGUGGCCAAGGGGGCAGUGAGGGGGAGGGGAGGCUUGGAGGAUUUGUGGGUCCCUGCGGAAGACCUCAGGGGUGCCCAUUUGGCUGUGGUCAUCAAGCUAGUGAGUCCUGCCUUAAAGGUAAAGGUAAAGGUAAAGGGACCCCUGACCAUUAGGUCCAGUCGUGGCCGACUCUGGGGUUGCGGCGCUCAUCUCGCUUUAUUGGCUGAGGGAGCCGGCGUACAGCUUCCGGGUCAUGUGGCCAGCAUGACUAAGCCGCUUCUGGUGAACCAGAGCAGCGCACGGAAACACCAUUUACCUUCCCACCGGAGCGGUACCUAUUUAUCUACUUGCAUUUGACGUGCUUUCGAACUGCUAGGUUGGCAGGAGCAGGGACCGAGCAACGGGAGCUCACCCCGUCACGGGGAUUCGAACCGCCGACCUUCUGAUCGGCAAGCCCUAGGCUCUGUGGUUUAACCCACAGCGCCACCCGCGUCCCUGAGCCCUGCCUUAGGAGACCACAAAACACCCUUGAGCGUGCCACCAGCUCUCUGACUGAUGCCCUCCCUCCCGCUCUGCCCCUUGCCAGCCUUUGAACCCGGGCACUGCUAUGAGCCGUUCGUCAAGUACGGGAACUUCACCACCAGCGACGCAACGUACGCCGUGGGCACCACCGUGGAGUUUGCCUGCGAGGCGGGAUACACCCUGGAGCAAGGCUCCGUCAUCAUCGAGUGCGUGGACCCCACCAACCCCCAGUGGAACGAGACAGAGCCGGCCUGCCGAGGUGGGUGCCAUGUUGGAAAGCUUUGUCCAGCUUCCGGGGGCCACAUUGGCCGGCUUCUGGGGGCCACAGGCCAGUCGUGGUUAGACCCAGAAGAUGGAGGAUAAAUAGCGUGGAAACUAAAUACAGUCGUAUAAAUAGAUAAAUAGCAUGGAAACUAAAUACCAUACGAAAGUAAAUACAGUCAUACCUUGGAAGUCGAACGGAAUCUGUUCCGGAUGUCCGUUCGACUUCCAAAACGUUCAGAAACCAAAGCACAGCUUCUGAAUCACAAGCCCCGUCGGACGUUCGGUUCCAAAGAACGUUCGCAAACCGGAACAAUCGCUUCCAGGUUUGCGCCGUUUGGGAGUCAAAACGUCCGAGUACCAAGGCGUUCAGGAUCCUUGCUCCACCCCUUUUUUCCUCAGGCCCCUCCCGCCACAGACACACAGCCCUGGGGAGGUUGCUCAGAAGAGAAUGCGGCCCCCAGCUUAGAAAGCUUUCCUACCCUUGCUUCAAAACGCGCAACGGAACAAAAUGCGUUCGCAAAUAUUGAUGUCGUUUCUGAUCUUUAUCGUUCUAAACUGAUAUUUGACCUUUAUUGUAUUGUUGAGGUCAAGGUCGGACAGCUUAGCGGCCGUUGCAAUGAAGUGGUUUAUCGAUCAAAAGAACAGUAAAAUACAACGAAUGCCCCAAAUUUCGGGGAGGUCGCUCUGUCCUACUCUGGCAUACUGGAAACCUAAAAAGGGUUAGGAACAACCAGGAGCUUAAAGUAGGUUUGCCAUACGUCCAAAAUUUCCUGGAUACAUCCAGGAUACUGAAGCCGGAAGCAGUGUCCGGGUGGAAAUUGGCCAAAAUGUCCAGGAAAAUCCUGAUGCAUGGCAACCCAUGUUAGCCGUGUUGUUUUUGCCAACUUUCCAUAAAAGUAGCUCACAAACUUCUCUCUUCUUUGAAAUUUUGCAAAGAAAAAAAGAAGCAAAAAUUUCACUUUUUGAAAUAUGGCAUCCCUAGCUUAAAGGGAAAUCCUAGUGGUUCAUGUGCAAGCAGGGCUUGCUGUUGAGCACCGAUUGCAAGUCCUGUUCUGAUCAGUGGCACACAGAAGUACCCCAGCCUGCAAAGGCCGCAGUUAAUAAUAAAACAUUAUUUAUACCCUGCCCUUCCUGGUUCAAAAACCGGGCUCAGGGCGGCUAACAACAAAUUAAAACCACUUUAAAACACUUAAUUAUAAAAGCAGCAUAAAAUACAGUAUAAAAACAUGAAUAACAAUAAAAAUCAAAAAUCAAUUAGAUAAUCCUCAGGGCUAGCUGGCUGAAUUGGUUCUACUUGGGCCAGCGAGGAGGCCAGGGGAGAAUUAGCUGUGGGGUCUCAGAGCGGGUAAUCUUCAUAAAAGGGAAGGGGGAGGGAAGGGAAAUAAAAGAACAGGCUGAAUUCAAAUUAAAGGCCAGGAGGAAUAGCUCUGUCUUACAGGCCCAACGGAAGGAGGUUAAAUCCUGCAGGGCCCUGGUCUCAUGGGACAGAGCAUUCCACCAGGUCGGAGCCAUCACUGAAAAGGCCCUGGCCCUGGCAGAGGGUAGUCUGACUUCCUUAGGGCCCGGGACCUCUAAGCUAUGUUUGUUCAUGGACCUUAAGGUCCUCUGCAGGGCAGACCAGGAGAGGCGGUCCAGAAGAUACGAGGGCCCUAAGCCACAAAGUUGUGACAUCCUUCAUGGUUUGCCAUCCCCAACACAGCCCCACUGAUCUCUUUCCACACUUCUCCUGCAGCCGUGUGCAGCGGGGAGAUCACGGACGCCGCCGGGGUGGUUUUGUCCCCCAACUGGCCGGAGCCCUAUGGGAAGGGCCAGGACUGCAUCUGGGGUCUCCACGUGGAAGAGGACAAGCGGAUCAUGCUGGACAUCCAAGUGUGAGUUGUGCCCCUGUUUGGAUCGUUAUUUCACGGAAUCCUAGAACUGUCGAGCUGGAAGGGAGCCCAGGGGAGCCAAAGUCCAACCUGCCUGAAAGGCAGGAAUCGCACCAGGAAUCGCACCAGCAGGAACUCAAAACGGCUUGCAAGGUUUUUUGUAAGCUGCACAGCUGCACCCCUGUGAAAGAAUAUGUUGUCAGUUCAACUGUACAAGUUUCAGCCACGGGAAUUGGCUUCAAAUUGACACAUAGCAUUGUUCAGCUGUGGAACUCCCUGCCACAAGGCAACAGGGUGGCUUUAAAAGAGGAUGGGACAGAUUUGAGGAAGAGGAGGAGGCUUGCCCUAGCUACUUACACUAAUGCAGAGCUGUAGCUACCGGGGGGGGGGGCUAGCCGGGUUUUUUGCUCAGGGUGAAGCCUCCAGAGGGGGCAUCUUUGAGGCUCACUGUUUGCCAAACUUGGUCUUUGACCCAGGUGAAAUAAAGCCUAGUUUUGCCCCUGCCUAAAGGUUAAAUUCUACCUUCACCAUCCAAAGUAGUCUACCUUUGAGUACCAAUUGUUGGAAACCCCAGGAGGGGAGGGGCCUCUUGUGCUGAUGGGAACAUCAUCCUGUUCUCGUAGUAGCCAAACAGAUACCCGUGGGAAUCCCUCAAGCGCAAGAGCAUCUCUUCCCUCUCAGGGCUUCCAGCAUCUGGCAUUCCGAGGCAAAGACUAGCCAUCCUGGCUAGCAGCCCUUGAUAACCCUCUCACCCCAUAUACACCCAUUCAGUCACUUCAAUCUGCGGAGCCGGCUCUAGCAUCCGUUCCGCAUUUGUAAGAACUCACUCUUUUAGCAUGGCGGCACCUACAACUUUGGAACUCCCUGCCUCUUGAGGCCCCUUUGCUGUACACUUUUCAGUGCUGGCUAAAAACUUUUCCGGUUAGGCAAUCCUACCCAGAAAUUUGCUGGUAUACGUCUUGGUUAAUUGUUGGUUUUGAUUUUUUGGAAUGUUUUGGUCAUUGUUGAAGUUUUCCACAAUCAAGCAGUAUAUAAUUUUUAUGUAAGUACAGUGGUACCUCGGGUUAAGUACUUAAUUGAUUCCGGAGGUCUGUGCUUAACCUGAAAAUGUUCUUAACCUGAAGCACGACUUUAGCUAAUGGGGCCUCCUGCUGCCACCGCGCCGCCGGAGCACGAUUUCUGUUCUCACCCUGAAGCAAAGUUCUUAACCCGAGGUACUAUUUCUGGGUUAGUGGAGUCUGUAACCUGAAACGUAUGUAACCUGAAGCAUAUGUAACCCAAGGUACCACUGUAAAUAAAUAAAUAAGGCCCACUGGAUCCCAUUCCAGCAGAUCUGGCGUUCUGAUUGCGCCGUCAGUGAGCAGCUGUCACACUUUUCUUAAUCGGCACCUCCCUCCGCUGCCCCCGCCAUCUUUCAAUUCCUGCAUUGUAGAGGGUUGGACUAGAUGACCUGUUGGGUCCCUUCCAAACCUACAAUUGUUUCGAUUUGUUUCAGGUUGCGCCUUGGCAAAGGAGACGCGCUGACUUUCUAUGACGGGGACGACUUGACGGCCCGGAUCCUGGGCCAAUAUUCUGGCCCCCACCAGCGGUUCAAGCUGUACACCUCCAUGGCUGAUGUCACCAUCCAGUUUCAGUCGGAUCCAGGGAGCAGCAUCUUGGGCUAUCAGCACGGCUUCAUCAUCCACUUUGCAGGUAAGUGCAGAAGCCCCUGAAAUUUUGGAAGGCGCUGCCCUGGUGUGGGGGGGAAAAAAAUCAGGUUUCUGUUUCUCUCUGUGUGUUUCUCUCCUGGUUUCCUUCUUGGGGAAUGGGGUAUAUUAAAGAGAUGGAAAUCAGGAUUGCAUCCAACUGGGUCCUACUCAGAGUAGACCCACUGAAAUCAAUGGACCUGAGUUUCCCAGGUUUGUUCAUUCCAGUUGGUCUGUUCUGGAUAUAACCUCAGAAAUUGAGAAAAUACAAUUUCCUUCGGCUUGUGUGUGCCGCUCAAUUUAAGAAACUCACAUUUAUUAACAAGGCAGCCAAAUGCAGAAUCAUGCAGAAGGAUAAAAACUUGGCAUAUACCAAGGUGCACAUUACAAAACACAAAAGCUUAAGUCAUGUGGGAGGCUGCAAGACCUUGUCUAAGUUGAAGAGUCUUCCCAGGAAAUUUAGCUAUAUCAAACGGACCUUAGCUGUGGUUCCUGCAUUGCAGGGGGUUGGACUAGAUGACCCUCGGUGUCCCCCUCCAACUCUCAAUUCUGUGAUUCUAAAGGGAGGAGUCCCGUCAGUUGCUCCACCCACUUUUACACCUGGCCACGCCUACCAUGUGUUCACCCCGCCCACCUUUCCCCGGAAGGUGGACCAUUAGGCAAGGUGGGCAAAGUUCUUCCUCCUUGCCAACCCCAUGAGACAGGCCUUUGGUCUCACAGAAUCAUAGAUUUUUAGAGUUGGAAGGGACCGUCAAAGGUCAUCUAGCCCAACCCCUCUUGUAAUGCAGGAAUCACAGCUAAAAAAUCCCUGGCAGUUGUCCAUCUAACCUCUGCUUAAAAACCUCCACAACCUCCCGAGGGAGUUUGGCCCAAUGUCAAAUACAGGGGUCAGCAACCUUUUUCAGCUGUGGGCUGGUCCACCGUCCCUCAGACCAUGUGGGGGGCCGGACUAUAUUUUGAAAAAAAAUAUAUGAACGAAUUCCUGUGUCCCACAAAUAACCCAGAGAUGCAUUUUAAAUAAAAGGACACAUUCUACUCAUGUAAAAACACGCUGAUUCCCGGUCCGUCUGCAGGCCAGAUUGAGAAGGCGAUUGGGCCGGAUCCAGCCCACGGGCCUUAGGUUGCCUACCCCGGUCAAAUAGCUCCUACUGUCAGAAAGUUCUUCCUAAUAUGUUUUUAAUAGAUAGAUACAUAGAUGAUAGUCUUAAUGUUAUUGCUAUUAAUUUGUUUCUUAAUGAUAUAAAUAAAUAUAAAAUGAUAUUAAUAAUAUUAAAUCUGAAUGUGCUGAGGUGCAUGUAGUUCACCUGGUUAGAGGAUGGCACUGAUAAUGCCCAGGUUGCAGGUUCGAUCCCCGUAAGGGACAGCUGCGUAUUCCUGCAUUGCAUGGGGUUGGACUAUAGAUGAUCCACAGGGUCCCUUCCAACUUAAUAAUAAUAAUAAUAAUAAUAAUAAUAAUAAUUUGUUAUUUAUACCCCCCCCCAGGCUGGGCCUCCCCAGCCACUCUGGGCAGCUUCCAACAAAGAUGAAAAAUACAUUAAAACAUCAGUCAUUAAAAACUUCCCUAAACAGGGCUGCCAUCAGAUGUCUUCUAAACGUCAGAUAGUAUAGCAUACAAUCUUCUGUAAGCAAGACACCUCUGGCUAAAAGAUUAUCAAAUGCAAUUAAAUUAGCGGGUGCAGGAAGUACCUACAGUGGUGCCUCGCAAGACGAAAUUAAUUCGUUCUGCGAGUUUUUUCGUCUUGCAAAUUUUUCGUCUUGUGAAGCACCUCUUCAAGCAAUGCACCCUGGGUAUUAACGGUUUUAAGAAAAAGGAAACAAACUUGCAAGACGUUUUCGUCUUGCGAAGCAAGCCCAUAGGGAAAUUCGUCUUGCGAAGCAACUCAAAGAACGAAAAACUCUUUCGUCUUGCGAGUUUUUCGCCUUGCGAGGCAUUCGUCUUGCGAGGUACCACUGUAUAAAUAAACGGCAGAUCUUUUUCCUUAAAUAAUCUCAAAACCAAAAUUAUGCACCUCGGAUCAAAAACUAAAUAAAAAAACAUGUUGAAAGUGUAUACAUUUACAAUCUGUAAGUAUCGUAUCUAAAUUUCCACUUUUGUUAAGGAAAUAUUUUACGGUCAACAGGGACAAAAACAAUUGCUGCAAAUACAUACAUACAUCUUCUAUGAGGAUGCCAUUGCACUUGUUGCUGGUCUGAGAGGGCUGGAGAGUGCCUGGCCUCGCCCCUCCCUCUGCCCACCUCUCCGGGGUCUUCCCCUGACCUCUGCUCCCGGCCUCUUUCCCUGCAGAGGUUCCCCGGAACGACACCUGCCCUGAGCUCCCUGAGAUCCCCAACGGCUGGAAGACCAUGUCCCACCCGGAGCUGGUCCACGGCACCGUGGUCACGUACCACUGCUACCCCGGCUACGAGCUGGUGGGCACCGAACUCCUGAUGUGCCACUGGGACCUGAUGUGGAGCGGGGACCUGCCCUCCUGCCAGCAAGGUGAGCCAGGGGGGUGCGGAGGAGGUGGGCAGCCAGAUCCUGCAACUGCGGAAUUUAGAGGGCUGGCCUAAGACCCCGGACACCAGGGUUCAAACCCCUGCUCAGCCACAAAGCUUGCUGUUGUGGGAUGUGACCCAUGAGAGCAGUCAAGUACAACAUUCCUUGUUUUCCUAGAGAAGACAUGCGAGGGGAUGCUUGGUCCAGCCAGUUGAAACUUCCUGUUCCUCCUGGCUGGAGCAUCCUUCCUUUUGCAUGGGAUAGAAAGUGGGCGUGACCUUACCUGUCCAGGUAACAAAAGGACAAGCCAGGCAGUGCACUCUCUCUCUCUCUCUUUUUCACUUUGUUGGACCAGCUUUUUAGCCAGAAAUGCUUUGCUCUGCUUUCAGCUAGCAGAGGCACUGGGAUUAUUCCCCAUAUGGGAUAGAUCCACAUGUACAUAUUUGUAACUAAGUCUGCCUUCAGGGAUCCAACUGUAAACUGAUGUAAGUAAACUUCUUUUACUUUACUUCUUUAUUGACUUUAAAUAAGAUUGUGGCCGACAAAGGUCCGCAUAGUUAAAGCUAUGGUUUUCCCAGUAGUGAUGUAGGGAAGUGAGAGCUGGACCAUAAAGAAGGCUGAUCGCCGAAGAAUGGAUGCUUUUGAAUUCUGGUGCUGGAGGAGACUCUUGAGAGUCCCAUGGACUGCAAGAAGAUCAAACCUCUCCAUUCUGGAGGAAAUCAGCCCUGAGUGCUCACUGGAAGGACAGAUCGUGAAGCUGAGGCUCCAAUACUUUGGCCACCUCAUGAGAAGAGAAGACUCCCUGGAAAAGACCCUGAUGUUGGGAAAGAUGGAGGGCACAAGGAGAAGGGGACAACAGAGGAUGAGAUGGUGGGACAGUGUUCUCUAAGCUACCAGCAUGAGUUUGACCAAACUGCAGGAGGCAGUGGAAGACAGGAGUGCCUGGCGUGCUCUGGUCCAGGGGGUCACAAAGAGUCGGACACGACUAAACGACUAAACAACAACAACAAAUAUUGUGGCAUCUUUAUUCUUUUUAAGAGGGAUUCAGGGGAACUUAUCAGGAACAUACAAUUCAAUCUGAGACAGACUGAAUUGUAUAAUAGUGAGAGGCUCACACGAGCCUGCAACUAGCUAUCUGCUGUGCUGUGUAAAGGGGAAUGUAAACUCUGCCAAGUAAAGGAACUUGCUAGCGCAAGUUAGGAAGGAUAUUAAUAAACAAUAUAUCCUCUCCUGCCUCCCUGAACAUUGCCACAGCUGGGUGGUGUCGGCAGAGGCGCUGUCUCUCUCAGCCUAACCCUUCCCUUGUGAGGGGGAGAGGGGGCCACUUCUGGAAGACUGGAUUACCGCAAUGCGCUCUAUGUGGGGCUUCCCCUCCUCCUGAUGUGGAUGCUGCAGCACGAUUGCUGACAGGAGGAAGGCCUUGUCAGCACACCACAGCUCUGCUCAGAGAUCUGUACUGUCUGCCGAUUUGCUGCCAGGCCAGGUUCAAGGUCUUACUAUGAGGAUAGAAAGCCUUUAACAACUUGGGACUAGCCUUACCCACUCGACAUGCCUCAAUUGGUGGAGCUGGCUCUGUUCCAGGUGCCACAUAAUCCCUGUUCCAAAUUUGCAAGAACUCAAUGUUUUAGUGUGGCGGCACCUACAACUUUGAAACUCCCUGCCUAUUCAUAUCAGGCAUGCACUUUCACUGUCCUCUUUUCAGCAACUGCUAAAAACGUUCUUGUUUUCAGGUCUGAAGAAAACUGAUGCAAGUUUUAACGUGUUUUAGUCUAUUGAUAUUCUAACUUUUGGAAACACUACAAUUGCUGUUGGUAAUUUUUCUUACUGAUAGUUUUAUUGUUUUGUAAAGCACUUUGAGGUUUUGGGGUUUUUUCUGCAAUCAAGUGGGGUAUAGAUGAAGUGAAAUGAAAUGAAAAUAUGUAUCUAUUGGCCUCAUCUGUCAGGGAGUGGAAAGAUCCUGCUGUCUGGGCAACAGGGGAACGUAUUUUCAAGAUCAGGUCAGUUGUAGCUUUACCUAAGCAGGAGGAUCCCAGUUACAUCCUUCCACUCUCCUUGGAAGGAAUGCUCUUUCCCAUCUAGUGUCCAACACGACAGCUUUAAUUUCUCAAAUCGCUCUUCAUAAUUAUUCUCCGGACGAGCACACAAGACUUCUAAGUGUCCAAACUGGAAUUUGCAAUUGGCUGAGGCAAGAGCUCCCCCUGCUGGCGUUUGUGAUGCUGCUGCUGCUUCCUGCCUCGUACAGAGUCAGAUUGUGGCUCCAUCAAGCCCAGUAGUGUCCGCACGGACUGGCAGCAACAGCUCUCCAAGAGGGUUUUGGGCAGGGAGCCUUUCCCCCAAGCCCUACCUUGAGAUGCUGCUGUCGGAGAUCAAACCUGGGAACUUCUGGCCUCCCAAAACACUGCCAAGAUUCCAAUCCUCGUGGUUCAAAGGCUGAUUUAAACAGAAGCACUGGAAAUUCUCUUGUAUCAGCUGGGUCUUUCGAGCUCAGCAGUGCUGAUACUGACCAGCAGCAGCUCUCCACUGAGCUACCCUGCCCCUUCGCCACCCACCACGCUGCCCCAUUCUCUUCCUCUCCAGUGACCACCUGCCGGGACCCAGGAGAUGUGGACCACAGCCGGCGCAUGGUUUCCGAGAACAAGUUUCCCGUGGGCUCCACCGUCCAGUUCAUCUGUGACAAGGGAUACGCCCUGGCGGGCAGUGGCGAGAUCACCUGCCACGACCGGCAGGCUGGGGGUCCGAAGUGGAGCGACCGUCUUCCCAAGUGCAUUCGUAAGCUGCGCAGGGUCUCCGUGGCUUCCCCAGUCUGGUUUCCCUACCGUGCAAAAAAUUAGAGCCGCCGAAAUUCACAGGCAUCACUCACUUAAGGUCCAUUAAUUUCACCACAUGGGGUGAAAGAUUCCUGCAUUGCAGGAGGCUGGACUAGAGGACCUUCACGGCCCCUUCCAACUCUACAAUUCUAUGAUUCUAAGUGCAAACUGUGGAACUCCCUGCCACAGGAGACAGCAAUAGCCACCAAUGAGAUGGGUUUAAGUGAGGAUUGGACAAAUUCGUGGAGGGAGCGAGGGCUAUUGAUGGCUACUAGUCAGGAUGUCUCUGCUUCUGAAUCCCCAUUUCUGGAAACCACAGGAGGGGAGAGUUGCUCUUGCGUUCGAAUCCUGCUUGUGGGUUUACCAGAAGAGACAUCUGGUUGGGCCCUUUGAGACCAGGAUGCUGGACUAAAUGGACCCUCUUUUGCCUGAUCCAAUAGGAUCUUCUUAUGUUCAUAGGCUCUUAAAAGACCCUGGAGGUACACUCCAUUGUCUCUCGGGACAGACAGCUGCCAAGAACAGCCAUCUCCAUUAAUUUCUCUCUCUCUCUAAAAUUUUAUUCAUUUAAAAAAAAAUAUGUAAACAUACAACAACAAAAAAUACAAAAUCCAAAUUUCAAGAUUACUCUGAAUCUCCUGACUUCUCCCCAUCCCUUCCAUGGGUCCUAAUGAUAAUCUUUACAGCGGCAUAUCAAUACUAUCUAAGUUUUAUCCUUCCAAAUUAUCCACACUUUCCAUUAGUUUACAAGUGUGGUUAAAACAGCCUGCUAAUGUUCUAGCCUGCCUACAACGUUCUCGUAAAGAGAUUGUAAACUUUCCCCCUUCUUUUUUAAAGUUCUUGUUGUCCUUUUGAUUCCUGAGCUUCCCAGUUAAUUUUGCCAUUUCGGCACAGCCCGUCAACUUGGUUUGCCAUUAUUCCUUCCAUCUCUGGGCUAGCAGCAGACCACCUCCCUUCAUUUCAAUGGCUUAGGCAAAAUGAGUCAUGGCUUCUCCCAAAGAAUCCUGGGAACUAAAGGUGCUGAGAGUUGUUACCCCUAUUCUCCUCCCCGAGUGACUAAACAACCAAUCCCUGCUCACAAGGAACUCUGGGAACCGUAGUUCUGCGAGAGGAAUAGGGGCCUCCUAACAACUCUCAGCACCCUGAAAAAACUACCAUUCCCAGGAUGCUCUGGGGGAAGAAGCCAUAGUUGUUUAAAGAGGCAUCACAGUGCUCUAAAGACACGGUGCGGAUGCGGCCCAAGGGCUCGUUAAGAUUUGGGACCAGCUGUUGUUAACGAAACUUUCCUCUGCUGUGCAGAAGAUAUCACUGGGUGCAUUUUAAUCUAGUUGCAAAGACAGGCUCACCCACAAUGCAGCCUCGAGUAUCUAGCGCCGGAUAUAAUUUUGUGAAUAAUUUUGCGUCAACGCUGCACCUGGGGUAUGUGUUAUCUCCCUCCGCUGUGCCAUUUCCGCUUUCCUUUUCUCUCUCUCUCCUGCGUAAUGAAAGGAAGGAAGAGAAUAGACCGGCGUGCUACUUUAUGCAAAUAAUAAUAUGCAAAUUUCUGUCAUUUUAAUCUGGCUUCUAGGGGGAUAGGCGCCUUGCAACCAGCUUUGAAGAUUCGUUUUUUCCCCCAAUUCAAAACAUCUAGAGCUCAGUACAAAGUCCUAAGUCCCCACACCAAAAGCCAGUGGUGGUUCAGUUCUUCAGCUGCAAUUCCUGCAUUGUAGCGGGUUGGACUAGAUGACCCUUUGGCUCCCUUCCAAUGCUACAGUUAUGUGGUGUAAUAGUUUCACGUCACACUAGGACCUGGGAGACCAUCAUCAUCAUUUUUAAUUUGUAUACCGUCUUUCUAUCUUACAAUCCUCAAGGCGGUUUACAAGCUGAAGAAACAAAAAAUGUGCACCUUAUAACAAUCUAAUGCAAUACAAAAAUGUGAUAAUAAAACAUAACUUUAAAACAGGCAACCUACAUCAAAAAGUAACAUUCAACAAUCAUUAUAAUAUUAUUAAAUAAUAAUAACAUAUAAAAGUUAAACAGAAAUCCACUCAACAGUUACAAUAAAUAAUUUCUAAACUAUAAUCAGUAAAACAAUGGCAAGCCACAGUACAUAAAAUAAUACAAUACAAUUUGAGAAGCAGAGACUACAAGGUGAGGCAAGGCAGGUGGAAGGAGCAUAGCUGUCAACCGUCCCUUAUUUGGCAGAAAAGUCCCUUAUCCCAGCGCCGUGUCCCGCUGCUGUCCCUUAUUGAUGAUGUCCCUUAAAUUUCCCGGGUUUCAAAGGAAGCAGCUCCUCUCCCUCCCUCCCUGCCGGCCAGGGAGGAGGGAGGCUCCAACUGUGUUGCUUGGCUGCGUUGCUCACCCAGUAAGGAGUCUAAGAACGACUGGGGGGUGGAGCUUGCAUGCCUUGUGCCAAUCAAAUCGGCUGCGUUGCCUGGGGACUCGCCUUUGCUCAGCGCUUCCCAGCGGAGAGGUGACAGUGGUUUUCCUUGCUGCAUCCCCUUUGCCGGGUUGCUGCGCUGUGGGAACCACUGCUUGAGGCUUCAUUUGGCUGCUGGCUGGGCUUUCUGCCUUUGGCUCGGAGGGGCUCAGAAGUUGAACAUACCUGUGCUCUGAAAAUCCUUUAUUUUGGCUGCUGAUGCCUUAUUUUCGAGGCUGCUGGUCCCUUAUUUUCAAAUCUGUAAGUUGACAGCUAUGGGAAGGAGGCCUUGCCUGAUGGAGUCUCUCCCCUCACCAGGGUUUGAAUCCCUGCUCAGCCACACAAAAGCUCAUCUGUCAGCUUGGCCUACCUUGCAAGGCUGCUGGGAAGAUAAAAUCAGGAAGGCCAGGAGAGGGAAGGGAAAGGAAAGAGCUGCUUUGAGCUCUUCUGGCGUGGAGGUGAGAUAUAAACGGUAAGAAAUAAACAGGAGUUUUGCACUUUUCAGCGGAGGUCUACGAGCCCUGCCACAACCCAGGCAGCCCCGACCACGGGGCACAGAACCCCGAGAAAAGGCUCUACCAGGCCGGGGCGAGCCUGCGCUUCUCCUGUGCCAAGGGUUAUGUGCUCCUGGGCGACGCCACCCUCCGCUGCGUGCCCGGCCACCCUUCCCAAUGGAGCGGCUCCCCUCCACUCUGCAAAGCGGGUGAGUCCCUCUGGGUGGCACAGCUGAGCAGGGGGGGGGUCGCUGGGGCUGCCCUCCCCUGCAGUAGUCCAGCAGUCAGUUCUGGCACCCUAACUCUACCCUUUACCCUCUCCCUCUCUCCGCCUUCCUUCUGCAGCCUCCUACGAUGAGUUUUAUACCAAUCGCAACCUGGACGGUGAGUCGCCUUCUUUUUGCAAAGGGAAAGGAGGGAGACUGUUGCACCCCAGAGCAAGGGCCGUAUUCUUAGCGACCCACAGACCUCUUUGCUGGCCCCCUGCGCCCCUUCCCCUACACCCAGGUCCUACGUAGCUCCUUUGCCAGCAGAGGAUGGCCCCUUCGAGCAAAACCCACCAAGAGGCAGUGGAGUGUCAAAGGAGGACAUGGGGGAGUAAAGGUAAAGGUAAAGGGACCCCUGACCAUUAGGUCCAGUUGUGGCCGACUCUGGGGUUGCAGCGCUCAUCUCGCUUUACUGGCCGAGGGAGCCGGCGUACAGCUUCCGGGUCAUCUGGCCAGCAGGACUAAGCCACUUCUGGUGAACCAGAGCAGCGCACGGAAACGCCGUUUACCUUCCCGCUGGAGCGGUACCUAUUUAUCUACUUGCACUUUGACGUGCUUUCGAACUGCUAGGUUGGCAGGAGCAGGGACCGAGCAACGGGAGCUCACCCCAUUGCGGGGAUUCAAACUGCCUACCUUCUGAUCGGCAAGCCCUAGGCUCUGUGGUUUAACCCACAGCGAGCUUUAAAUCCCCCAACUCUUCCGUGAAGUUCACUGGGGUUGACCCUGGGCCAGUCACUGUCUCAGCCUAACCUGUUGCGGUAUGAACACAGAAGAAAAAUGCAAAGAAAGAAAUGAAUUAAUCAAUCCUAUAUCCGCCCCAUGGCAGCUCCCACCUAACUGGCUUCUUGCUGCCUGCCAGUCUCUGGGGCUGACAGCUUCCCGAUUCUCCUCUGCAGUCUCAGUGUUACCUCUUGUAGAACUAAGCCAGGAACAGGAGGAAGGUGGGGACAAAACUAGGACCAGGUGCGCAGCCUGGGAGUCAUUUUGGGCUCACAACUGUCCAUGGAGGUGCAGGUUAAUUCUGUGUCCAGGGCAGCUGUUUACCUGCUCCAUCUGGUACGUAGGAUGAGACUCUCCCUGCCCGCAGACUGUCUUGCCAGAGUGGUGCAUGCUCUAGUUAUCUCCUGCUUGGACUACUGCAAUGCGCUCUAUGUGGGGCUACCUUUGAAGGUGACUCGGAAACUGCAACUAAUCCAGAAUGCGGCAGCUAGACUGGUGACUGGGAGUGGCAGCCGAGACCACAUAACACCGGUCCUGAAAGAUCUUCAUUGGCUCCCAGUACGUUUCCAAGCACCAUUCAAAGUGUUGGUGCUGACCUUUAAAGCCCUAAACGGCCUCGGUCCUGUAUACCUGAAACACCCCCAUCAUCCAGCCCAGACACUGAGGUCCAGUGCCCAGGGCCUUCUGGCGGUUCCCUCACUGCGAGAAGUGAGGUUACAGGGAACCAGGCAGAGGGCCUUCUCGGUGGUGGCGCCCGCCCUGUGGAACGCCCUCCCAGCAGAUGUCAAGGCAAUAAACAACUAUUUCACUUUUAAAAGACACCUGAAGGUGGCCCUGUUUAGGGAAGUUUUUAAUGUCUGACGCUGUAUUGUUUUUGAUAUUUGGUUGGAAGCCGCCCUGAGUGGCUGGGGAGACCCAGUCAGAUGGGUGGGGUAUAAAUAAAUUAUUAUUAUUAUUAUUAUUAUUACCUCUGGUUCAGCCUACCAUUGGGUUCUUUGCCUUACCUGUCCCAACAGGGCCCUACCUACCAACGCUCCCUUCCCCCUCUGGGAACAGAGUCUCGGCUGGCCCCCAUUCCCUCUCACUGACCGCCUCCCUCUCUUUCCCUCCCCAGCCGUGGCCAAAGUGGCCCCCGCUGCAGACCCCCUGCAGGGCAGCAACGUGGCUUUUGCCAUCUUCCUGCCGGUGGCCGCUGUGGGACUCCUCCUCGGCGCUGUCUACCUGUACAUCUCCAGGUGAGCUCUCCUGGCUGUGUGGACACACUGCAUCACGGGGGAGGGUUGCUUCCUGGUUCUGAAAGAGUGUCUCCACCCCCAUCGUUCUACCUGGACACUGAGGUCCAGCGCCGAGGGCCUUCUGGCUGUUCCCUCACUGCAAGAAGCCAAGUUACAGGGAACCAGGCAGAGGGCCUUCUCGGUGGUGGCGCCCGCCCUGUGGAACACCCUCCCACCAAAUGUCAAAGAGAAGAACAACUACCAGACUUUGAGAAGACAUCUGAAGGCAGCCCUGUUUAGGGAAGCUUUUAAUGUUUGGUGCAUUACUGUAUUUUAAUAUUUUGCUGGAAGCCGUCCAGAGUAGCUGAGGAAGCCCAGCCAGAUGGGUGGGGUAUAAAUAAUAAACUAUGAUGAUGAUGAUGAUGAUGAUGAACGCCUCUUUUUCCCUGCCACCCCAGACACCAAGGGAAGCCGUCGCUGCAGCUGCCCCUCUCGGGCUCCCACCCCUACGAUCACAUCACGGUGGACUCGGCCUUUGACAACCCCACCUACGAGACCGGAGUAAGUGCCAAAUCCCUCCCCUUUAUGAGCGCGAAGAAAUUUGGAAUCCCUUCUUCAGGCGGGGCAGGGUUAACCUGCGGAACUCCCUCCCACAAGAUUGCAGGGAUCGCCACCGACUUGGGUGGCUCCGGAAGAGGGAUAGGCAAAUUGAUGGAGGAGGAGGAGGAGAUAUACGGUACUCUGGAGGCAGAAAUGGCUCUGGGGCUCAAAUCCCGCUUGCUGGCCUUCCCAUUGGGGCGCCUGGUUGGCCACUAUGAGAACAGUGUGUUGGCCUGAUUUUCUGCCCCCCACUUCCUUAAGCCUCAGUCGAGGGGAGGGUGUGGGGCAGGGUGGGUGGGUCGCCUGGCUUGGUCCCAUCAAUCCAAGUGCCCAACCCUUUGCAGGCUUUUUUCUCUCCAGGAGGUCCGGGAGUAUGAAGUCUCCAUCUAG